CGCCCACGUUCCUUCAAGAUGAGCGCCAUGAUGGGAAGCCGAGCGGCCGAGUACGAACAGCCAGAAGCCGCAGACGAAUAUGAUGGUGGUGACGGUGCGCAUUUGCAGGGCCCGUGUGGCAUCAGUGCGCUGGAGCAAUCAGGCGUGAACGCAUCUGACAUCAACAAGCUCAAGGAAGCGGGGUUCCACACUGUGGACGCCAUUGCCAUGGCCACCAAGAGACAGCUCAUAGGGAUCAAAGGUAUCACCGAAGCAAAAGCCGACAAAAUGCUCAAAGCAUCCCGCGAGAUGGUGAACGUGGGCUUUACAACGGCUGCUGACGUCAUGCAGAGCCGUAAGGACUUGAUCACAUUGACGACGGGGUCGUCUGCGUUGGACGAACUGCUCCGAGGGGGGUUUGAAACUGGAUCGAUCACCGAGUUGUUUGGUGAAUUCCGCACCGGAAAAACACAACUCUGCCAUCAGCUAUGCGUCACGUGCCAACUGCCCGUGGACAAGGGUGGCGGAGAAGGAAAGGCGCUGUUCAUUGACACAGAAGGGACGUUUCGCCCCCAACGACUAGUCGCGAUUGCCGAGCGAUACGGCUUGGACGGCGACAGCGUCCUGGACAACGUCGCAUUUGCGCGCGCGUACAACUCGGAGCAUCAGAUGCAGCUGCUAUCGCAGGCGUCUGCGAUGAUGGCCGAGUCGCGGUAUGCGCUGGUGGUCGUGGACAGCGCCACCGCUUUGUUCCGGACAGAUUACUCGGGGCGCGGCGAAUUGGCAGCGCGGCAGCAAGAAUUGGCCAAGUUCCUGCGAGCAUUGACCCGCAUGGCCGACGAAUUCGGCGUCGCUGUCGUCAUCACCAACCAGAUGACUGCCAACCCAGAUUCAGGCAUGUUUGCCAAGGACCCGCUGCAGCCCAUCGGCGGCAACAUCAUGGCGCAUGCUUCGUGCACAAGACUGCGGCUCAAGAAAGCUCGCGGAGAAAAUCGCGUCAUGAAAGUGGUCGACUCGCCCAUCCUCCCCGAAGCCGAAGCCAUGUACUCCAUCACAGAGCAAGGCAUCCAAGAUGAACAGAAUUAAUACUGUGAAAGUAUAGACUGUCUUCGUUUGUAGUGCUAGUUAUUACGAGUGUGGUGACACUGUCGCAGGGGCGUCGUCCACACGGGGCUCGGCGUCUUCGACCAAAGGCGGACCUUCCACCAACGAAGCAGCAUCUGGUGGAGUGUCUACCUCUUCCGAGGUUUCCGACGGCACUUCGUCGUCGAUGUUCGUGGGGGAUCGAGCGAGCAGGGUUUGACGAAUGUCGGCUUCGAUGCCACUUGCAAUCUCGGGAUGGUCCACCAAAAACUGCUUGGCCUAUUUAUUCCCAAUAUCAUCAUGAACGUCAACUACAUGCUAGCUCAUGGAGUAGCACCA